AUGACAAAUGUUGUAGAAUGCACUUUUAAAGCUCCACCUGAGACAGCAAAGGCUCCAGAUAACGCUGUUAUUUGGAAUAGAUUUCAAUACUGUGAUGAAAAGGGAUGGUAUUCGUUAUCAAACCAUGAAGAGAUCACUUUGAGACCUACAAUAUUUAAUGAUGACCGAAUUAAAUUUUUACCACAACUAGACACUAUUCCCGAAGAAUUUGAAUCUGUAUUAUGUGGAAAAUAUGAUGCUAAAGCUUGGGGUAAAGAUGAUUGUAAUGUAGUCAUUGAAGGUGAAAAGGAUGUACAUAUCAGUCUCCCCGGAUUAAAAGAAAAAAUUAACUACAAUCAUAAAGAAAGGUUUCCCACAUUCUUGAAAAAUUCGAAAAUUGUUGUAAGUCUGUUAAAUGAGAAUCUUACAAUAAUACGUAUAAAUUUAGAAACAGCAUUAUUAAUAUGCAUAAAUGAAAAAAAAAAUGUAAUUGUUAAAUCAGUAAAUUUUAACAAGGGUUUUGCAUGUGUCAAUCCUUACUCAAAUUUAGCUAUUGCUUAUGGAGGGUUUGCUUUUAAUGAUCUCAAAAAUUGUGAAAUAGUUCCAACUAUUACACAUUCAGGAUGUGAAUGGGCAUUUUUUGUUCAUUUGUUUAAAUGGGGACAUAUUAUCAUACCAAAGGAUCUAGAACUUAAAAUUCCAUCACCAGGAUUAAAGCUAAUUGGAAAAAAAGUUGAUACUAUUGCAAUCAUUUCUUUACCUCCAAAUAUACAAAUACAUGUAAAAAUUGAUGGACCAAAAUGUGUGAGAAAAGUAGAAUAUGGACAAGAUUAUAAUAUUACCGCAAUAAAAAGUAGUGAAUCAGAUAUUGAUAUAUAUGUGCUUUUUGAUGGACAACUAUUAAAAUAUGAAUUUUCUUAUGAUACUCGAUUAAAUAAAGAAGGAAAGGGAAAAUCAAUACAUCAAGCAAAAUUAAAGUGUACAAGUAAGAGCAAAGAAGUAUCAACAUUUGUAUUUCAGGAAUCACCAAAUUGUAAAGUAUUGUUAGGCUCUAAUUGUCCAACAGAUAAUCUAGGACAUAUGCUAUGCAAUCAAACCAUAUCAAUUUUUGAUGCAGAAAUUGGGGAAUAUCAAAGUCACCCACAAGGUAUCUUAUUAACAGGGGCAUUUGAAAAACUGUCUUACCCAAUAGAGAAUGCUUAA